UUUAGGUAACGUGUCUCCGAGCUCGGGCUCUCGUCUCUGGCUCACCCUCUCUGUCACCCACCACGUAUGGUCGUUGCAUGCUCCCUCUCACAUGCCUCCUUUCCACGUACUCUUCUCUCCCAUGCGUCAUCUCUUGCGUCCUCCCCUGCACACUUCCUUCUUUUCUCCCCCGUAAUUUAACCGUCUUCCCCUUCCCCCGCCGUAUAUAUUCUCUCUGCACUCCCUCUUCUUUCCCUGCACUCCAUCCUCUCCUCUCUCCGCCAUUCAUGGCUUCUCCUUCUUGACCCGCAGGUUCCCUCUGCAUUCUCAUCCUUUUACUCCUGCUGUGGGAUCAGUAUGACGAGUGUUUGUUGCUCUCCUGAACAGCUGAAGUUCUUAACUGGUAAGAAGGCCAGGCCUUCUUCCGUUUCUGGUUUCCAUGAGGCCUUGGAUCUGAGCCCCACCGCCACUACGACCACCACAGCCGCGACCACUCUCCGGCGCCUUCUUCUCCAGAGGGCCGAUUCCCUUCACAGCGACUGCUCUCUUUCCCCUUCCGAAGCCUACGCUUUGCAGAGGUUCCUGCCUUCUAACUACGAGGAUGGCGGUGCGGGCGACGAGGAGGAGGAGGACGCGGUGCCGGAUGACUACGCCUGCGACGAGUUCAGGAUGUACGAGUUCAAGGUCCGGCGGUGCACUCGCGGCCGGAGCCACGAUUGGACUGAUUGUCCGUUUGCUCAUCCUGGGGAGAAGGCCAGGCGCCGGGACCCCCGCCGGUACAAUUAUUCCGCCACUCCCUGCCCUGACUUCCGGAAGGGGGCCUGCCGGCGGGGUGACGCCUGCGAGUUCGCCCACGGCGUGUUCGAGUGCUGGCUCCACCCUUCGAGGUACCGGACGCAGCCCUGCAAGGACGGCUUGAACUGCCGACGGAAGGUCUGCUUCUUCGCCCACACGCCGCAGCAACUGCGCGUGCCUGGAGGCGGCGGAUGCGACACCCGCGGCGGUGGCCGUUCUCCUCGAUGCUGCGCUUUCUGCUCGGCUUCCAAGCUCCAUCAAUGGGUUUCCCAAGGUGGGUCCUCUCCGAAUUCGACGCUGAUGGUCGGCGUCUCCCCUUUCUCGCCGCCGGCGUCUCCGCCCAUCUCGUCACCCCCUCUGUCCGUGUCUCCCGCUUCUCCAUAUUUUUCGGCGUACCAGAGCUUCAUAUCGGAGCUUGCGAGUUCGCUCGAUUCCGUUGAUCUCAAUUCCACCGCAACCUUCGGCGGGAAGGCCACUGGCGCCACCGCCGUUGGGGGUGCGUCCCAGCGAUCCCUGUCCUGGUCAUCCUUGCCGUCUAUUGAUCGAACACGCCCUUCCUAUUCAUGCACUCCGUUUUCCACGCUCUGGAGGUUCCAGGAAGAGGAGGAAGAAGAGAUGGAAAAGGAGACAAUGAUUCGUGAUACCACCACCACCGGCAACAACAACAACAACAACCAGAAUGACACCUCCGUCGCGGCCGCCAUAUCUGAUCCUGAUUUCGGGUGGGUAAACGAGCUUAUCAUGUAGAUGUAGAAGAGAGAAUGUAAAUGGUACAUAGUUGCGUAUGUCCAUUAUUUUGUGUGUCCAUUUUCAGUCAAUUUUUUUGGUCUUUUUUCCCCCUUUAUUUUGAUGUUAAACAUUGUCUGUAAACUCAGAGACGAAGAAAGAUGUCUGUCUCUGUUCAGUGUAAAUGUUCUUUGCUGUUGAAUAUAUGGGAUCGGUU